GGGAAGCGCUGGGGGCGCAGCCGACAUGGGCCCGCCGCCGCCGCCGCCGCUGUGAGUAGCCUCCUUCCCCGCGGGGCGGCCAGCGUGGGCGCGGGCGGCGCGACCCUCCCAGCGCGGGGCAGUGGGCUUCCAGGCCGGCGCGGGGGCGGGACGCACAGCCUCACACCGACAUGUAACCAUGGACUGCAGGACCAAGGAAAAUCCAGAAAGAACCUUUGACUUGGUAUUGAAAGUGAAAUGUCAUGCCUCUGAAAAUGAAGAUCCUGUGGUAUUGUGGAAAUUCCCAGAGGACUUUGGCGACCAGGAAGUACUACAGAGUGUGCCCAAGUUCUGUUUCCCCUUUGACAUUGAAAGAGUAUCUCAAAAUCAAGUCGGACAGCAUUUUACCUUUGUACUGACAGACAUUGAAAGUAAACAGAGAUUUGGAUUCUGCAGACUCACAUCAGGAGGCAAAAUUUGCUUGUGCAUCCUUAGUUACCUGCCAUGGUUUGAAGUAUAUUACAAGCUUCUUAAUACUCUGGCAGAUUACUUGGCUAAGGAACUGGAAAAUGAUUUGAAUGAAACUCUCAAGUCACUCUAUAGCCACCCAGUACCAAAGGCAAACACUCCUGUCAGUUUGAGUGUGAACCAAGAGAUAUUUAUUGCCAGUGAGCAAGUUCUGAAAGAUCAGCCCUUCCUAGUACCGCAUUCCUACUUCAUUGCCCCAGAUGUAACUGGACUCCCAACAAUUCCUGAGAGUAGAAAUCUUACAGAAUAUUUUGUUGCUGUGGAUGUGAAUAAUAUGCUGCAACUGUAUGCCAGCAUGUUACAUGAGAGGCGCAUCAUUAUUACCUCUAGCAAAUUAAGCACUUUAACUGCCUGUCUCCAUGGAUCAGUUGCCCUGCUAUACCCAAUGUACUGGCAACACAUAUACAUCCCAGUGCUUCCUCCGCACCUGCUGGACUACUGCUGUGCCCCAAUGCCAUACCUGAUUGGAAUACACUCCAGCCUCAUAGAGAGAGUGAAAAAUAAAUCAUUGGAGGAUGUGGUUAUGUUAAAUGUUGACACAAACACUUUAGAAUCACCAUUUAAUGACUUGAACAACCUACCGAGUGAUGUGGUCUCGGCCCUGAAAAAUAAACUGAAGAAGCAGUCUACAGCUACGGGUGAUGGAGUAGCUAGGGCCUUUCUUAGGGCACAGGCUGCUUUGUUUGGAUCCUACAGAGAUGCACUGAGAUACAAACCUGGUGAGCCCAUCACUUUCUGUGAGGAGAGUUUUGUAAAGCACCGCUCAAGUCUGAUGAAACAGUUCUUGGAAACUGCAGUUAACCUCCAACUUUUCAAGCAGUUUAUUGAUGGUCGACUGGCAAAACUAAAUGCAGGAAGGGGUUUCUCUGAUGUAUUUGAAGAGGAAAUCACUUCAGGUGGCUUUUGUGGAGGAAACCCGAGGUCAUAUCAACAAUGGGUACAUACAGUCAAGAAAGGAGGUGCACUGUUUAACACAGCAAUGACCAAAGCAACUCCAGCUGUACGGACAGCAUAUAAAUUUGCAAAAAAUCAUGCAAAGCAGGGAUUAAAGGAAGUGAAGAGUAAGCUAAAACACAAGGAAAAUGAAGAAGAUUAUGGGACCUGUUCUGGUUCUGUACAGUAUACACCAGUUUACACAUUACACAAUGAAAAGGGAGGAAAUAUAGAAAAGCGUAAGCUUGCUCAGGCACACUUAAAAAGACCUCUUAGGAGUCUUGAUGGUACUCUGUAUGAUGAUGACUAUGACGAGAGAGCGAGCAAGUUGUCCUCUGAAGAUGGAGAAGAAGCUUCUGCUUAUUUUUAUGAAAGUGAUGACUCCGUUGAAACAAGAGUAAAGACCCCUUACUCAGGCGAAAUGGACCUCCUAGGAGAAAUCUUAGACACAUUGAGCACACACAGCUCAGACCAAGGAAAGCUAGCGGCAGCGAAGAGCUUGGAUUUCUUCAGAUCAAUGGAUGAUAUUGAUUAUAAACCUACGAAUACAUCCAAUGCACCCAGUGAGAAUAAUCUGGCCCUGCUUUGCAGUGGUUCUGGUGAUCAAGCAGAGUGGCAUCUCGGGCAAGAUGAUAGUGCCCUCCAUGGCAAACACCUUCCUCCCUCUCCCCGGAAGCGGGUUUCCUCCAGCGGUUUGACAGAUUCUCUGUUUAUCCUGAAAGAGGAAAACAAUGAAAAAUACCUCAAUGUUGACAAUAUGAGGGAGCCUGCAGUCAUGGAAAAGCCAGCUUCUGCUUCAGUGUUGGAUCUACAGCUCGCUUCACCUGAAGUUUCCGAAAAUGAAAAAGCUAAAACAGAAAAGAAAGAAACACUAAGCCAGAUUUCAGACGAUCUGCUUACACCCAGCCUUGGGCGACGUUCAUCUACUUUUGUUCCUUGGGAGAAAGAAGGGAAAGAAGCCAAAGAGACUUCAGAAGAUACUGGACUACUUCAUGAAGUAGUGUCAUUAUGUCACAUAACAUCUGCCUUCCAGCAAGACUUAAACAUUUCAGAAGAAAACACGAGUGGAAACCACCCUUAAAUCAACUAUUAAGAGUCAUUCACUUGCAUCCAAACUUCUAAGGAGACAUUUUAGAAUUCCUUGUAAUCUCUAUAGUAAACAGAUUUGUAGGAAUGAGAGUUCUUAGUACUGUCUAAAAGUUAUUUUUCAUUUGGAACAUACAUUUUCCCCACUCAUUCAUCUCAUGAAUAUAUAUUAUUGAUUGAUUUUUAAAUGUAAAGCUGAUUCUUCUACUGUGCUCUUAAAUCAGGUACUAGUUUGUAUGUAUAUUGGAAGUAUAUGUCAAACAUGAUUUCCCAGUAUUUGGUGCUUAAUGCCAUUCAUUUUAUUUAAACUAAUAUGCAGAUAUAACCCUUGCACAUAACCAGUAGCAACCCUACUAAUCUGGUUGAGCAUGAACUGGUCAGUAUAUCAAAACUUAUCAAAACUAGCCUGAAACUGCUGAAACUGUUGGCCCACUAACUGCCUUAAUCCUAAGCCUAUAUUUAGCAUACUUUAAUAAUUUAUGGAAUUACCUGUAAAUUUUGAAGGAUAAGUUAUAAGUGUUCUGCAGAGCAAUAAUGCCUUUUUCUAUUCGUUGAAUCAAGGACAAAAUUCAUUUUUCAAAGUUUAAAAGCUCUCUUGUGGACACUGCAGCCAUGUUUUCCAAAAUGUAUAAAGGUACACAUUUACCUUUCACUCAGUGAAAUAUAUGAAGUGCUGAAUUACAAUGUGAAAUUAAUGACUUCUGUUUACAAAUGAGACAUUCUAAAAUUUUUUCAGUCUCUCGGUAUGCCUUUGCUAUCUAGGAAUCCAGCCCCAGAAAGCCAGAUGCAAUACGAACUGUCCUGAUAAAGAAAUGUUCCUGUCUUUUUUGUUUUUCUUAACUAAUAAUUCAAAAUAUUUAUCAUCUCAAAUUUACUUUUCAAAAUAAUUGACUUUAUAUUUUAGAAGUUUUAGAUCUACAGAAAAAUUAUGAAGAAAGUACAGAGAGUUCCCAUUAUGUCCUUGCAUACAAUUUCCCCUAUGAUUAAUAUUUUACAUUGGUAUGGUACAUUUGCCACAAUUAGUGAACCAAUAUUGAUAGUCCAUGCUUUAUUCAGAUUUCCUUAGUUUUCCCUAAUGUCUUUUUUCUCUUCCAGAAUCCCAUUCAAGAUACCACAUUACAUUUGGUUGUCAUGUGUCUUUAGAUUCCUCUUGGCUGGGAUAUUUUCUCACUUUCCUUGUUUCUGAUGACCCUGACAGGUUUAAAGAGUACUGAUCUGUUGGUCGAAUAUAUUAUAGAAUGUCCCUCUAUUAGAAUUUGUUUGCUGUUUUUCUCAUGAUUACACUGUGAUUGUCAGCUUGGGGGAGGAAGAUUACAGAAGUAAAAUGUCAUUUUUAUUACAUCAUACCCAAGGUACAUAAUGUCAGCAUGAUUUGUGAAUGUUGAUGUUGACUUUGAUAACCUAGCUGAGGUGGUGUUUGUCAGGUUUUUCUUCUAUACUCUUUUCCACCUCCCUUUCUAUACUGUAGUCUUUGGAAGAAAGUCACAGUGUACAGCCCACACCUAAGGAGUAGGGCUUUAUGCUUCCUCUCCCUUAGGGUGGAGUAUCUACAAAAAUUAUUUGGAAUCCUUCUGCAAAGGAGAUUUGUCUCCUCUCCCUUAAAUUCACUGCUAAACACUGAAAUUCAUCUCAGAAGGGUAUCAUGCAUUGACUGCUUCAUGAUAGGCUAGAUUGACAGGAAAAAAUAAGGGGAAAAAAACAGUGGUGUUACAGUUAAUUUGGUAUUUGUAUAUUCAAUAUAUAUUCUGUACAUCCCCAAUCGUGAUUAUUUUUUAAAAAUUGUCAUUUUAGAAAAGUUGUUUGAGAAACCAUUCAAGAGCCCCAUCAGGACUGUUCCCUAAAAUAUUUACUGAAAGAAUUUAAUUUUCAGUUAAAAAAAAACCCUAGAAGGGGAUUUGUUAAAAACAUUGCUUAAAAAUAUGUAUCCAGGUCAGUCUUUAAAUAAUUUAAAGAAAAUGACCAAGUUUUUUUCUUUUCUAAGCUACAUUCCAAAAUCUAAACAGGUAUGUUUUAUUGGGUACAAUUAUUCAUUCAUGUUUGUAAAGGAAGACAAAUCUUGUUUUCCUUAUAAGGAGGGAGUCUGUGUAUAUUAAGGAAAAAAGUGUUUAAUACUUAUUUUAUUAACACAAAAGUAAGACUCUUGGUUCUUGUCAAAUUUUGCCUUUAUAUACUCAUUACCAAAUUCCAUUUCACUUUGUCAAAGCAUGUAGAUUUAUCAGAAGAGCUGUUUUAAAUGAGAAGGAAAAAAGGUCACUCUGGUGGCUAAUCUGCUUGGCAAAUAUUUCUUUGUGAUUUUUUUAAAAGAAAAAGUCUUUUAAUAUGACUAUUGAAAUGCAUGUUUUCCUUCAGAAUGCAUAGUCUGAAAAAUGAGAUAAUUGUGAGUGUAGCAUAGGUAAAAUUGGAGUUGUAGUCCAUUUGCUUAAUAAACAUCGUGGCCUCAGAAAUGUAGGUUCUUCUACCAUCUGAUCACCUCAUGAGAUGUUUGACUACAAGACUGUUGCCGUGAGGCCACUUCCAAGUAUAUUUGCAUCAAGGUAUUUUGAACUGGACCUGUGCCUUAUUCUAACAUGCAAAAUCAGCUUUUAUAUUCUGUUAAAAAACAAAAGCUCUACAUGUUAUUCUUGGAAAAAAUCCGGAAAGCUAGUAUCCAAGAGACUACUAAUCCAAAAGUAUUAGUAUUUCAAAUCAUUAAUAUUUUGAGUAUUCAGUCUGCUCUUAAACUAGACUUCCCAGUAUUAUGGUGGAUAUAGGGAGAAUAAAGUGAAAUUAAGGUGAAUUCUGAAACAAACAAAAGUAUUAUUUUAUUUUCUCCUAUUAUUCAUAUUUUCUAUUAUAACUAAAUGAAAUAUUUGUAUAAACUCCUUUGCUGUUUGCAUUUGUUUUUCAAAGAAGCUUUACCUGUUCUACCAGAGUUCUAUAAAUGAAUAAGUCUUUGGCUAUCGUGCAUAGUCUUUUAUGUGGUCUCUAAAUCGUCAUGAUUCUCCCUGAAUCCCACUCUAGCUUUUAUCCUUUGUGUCCUUAAAUUUUGCAUCUAUGAUAUUUCAGGGGGAGAUAGAAGAGUCAUGUGUGAAUUUAAGAGCUAUUGUUUUGUUAGGUCAGCGUGUUGUUAAGUGGUAAAUUUUGAUGGUUACCUACUUUAGCAUAUUUUAGGAAGACACCAAAACAUAGCAGGAUGAUUUUUCUGUUCAUAACUCAUUGCACUUAGGAAAUAUUUAUCGACCCUUUGUACCAGUCAUAUACAAGGUACAGUAACUGGGGAUAUAAGGAAAUAAACUAAGUAACAUAGUCCCUGCUCUGAAGGAACCAAUUAAAAGGGAAAGAAAUGACAAAUCUCUGUUAAUAAUAAUAAUGAUAUAUUUUGCUUAGAAGUUAUUAGCCCAAGGUUCUAACACCAAAAAAAAAAAAAAAAAA